GAGUUUGUGCCCGUGGGAGCGCCUGCGCGAGGCUUGCUUUGAAGCCCCUUUUCUGGAGUUGGCGGAAACUUUAAAUCGACUAAAAGGAAAAAAAGAAGGAAAAUAUAAAAGUGGAAUUGUCAGCAAAGCGGACUGCCGACUCAACCACCUCAACAUCCAGCUGUCUAGACACCCCAGCGGCGCCGAGUUCCUCACUGCCCCCGUCUACCCCUACGAUGCUGCUGUUGCUGAUAUCAUUUCCCUGCGGAAGGUCUCAGGCUGCAACGACGGCCGCGACAUUGUCAAGCCUAAAGGGCCUCCCAAGAGGCACACGGCAGCAGAGGAGCAGCAGAAAGCUUAG